CGACGCGACUCGCCCGGACGAUCGACUUCCGUUUUGGCCGGUUUACGCAACAGACAGACAGACAAUCCGUCGAUUCUCGUAAGCGUUUUUUCCUUCAGGAGUCACCGACGAGAGGAUGUUGCGCGUCGUAGCGACACGCGUGGCCUCGGCGGCACGCACGGCGAUGGUGUCCCGGGGAACGGCCGUCGUCGGCACGCAGUGCACCAGGUCAUCCCACGACAGUGCCAAAGAGACUGAUGAGGAAUUCGAUCAGCGAUAUGUGAAUUUCUUCAAUCGGAGUGAUAUCGAUCACUGGGAGAUCCGGAAGGCCAUGAACGAUCUGGCCGGUAUGGAUCUUGUGCCAGAACCAAAGAUUAUAUGUGCAGCAUUGAGAGCUUGUAGAAGAUUAAAUGACUUUGCACUGGCUGUAAGGUUCCUAGAGAGUGUAAAAGAUAAAGGUGGAUCACACGCUGACAAAAUCUAUCCUUAUAUCCUUCAAGAAAUCAAACCUACCUUGGAUGAGCUAGGCAUCAGCACGCCCGAAGAAUUAGGAUUUGACAAGCCAGAAUUAGCCUACGAAUCAGUAUAUCAUAUGUAAUGAACUUGAAAUUAUAUUGUACAAAAUUCUAGUAUUUAUAUCCCUAGUUACUGCCUGAGAUACGCGCAUUAAGAGAAUAUUGUCAGUAAAAUUGAAUUGUACAUGUAUCUACAUUAUCAGCAGUGUUGUUAAAUAAACAGGCACGAUUAUAAUUAUUGUCUGUUGUUCAUGAAAGAUCAAAAUGUAAUUCAUGAUGUUGAAUACAAAGUGUGCCGGAAUUUUAAUUUAAGACAUUAUUACAAAAAUAUAAAAUUGACAAAAAUUGUGAUAAAAUUGUAAUCACAACUUUUCAACUUUUUCACUAAAGAAAGAAGUUAUUCCAAGUUAUCCUUAAAAUUGGAAUCGCUUGUCAGAUAUCUUUAUAUAUUCUGUGAAGACCAUUGGGUUAAACUUUUGCUCUGUGCUGUGUUGUAUACUGACUGAGAUAUGUACAAUAAUAUUAUAUGACAUAA